GCUGCCCGGCCGCCGCGUGCGGUGCUGCCGCACAGGGAUGCGGGGAAACAAAAUGAAGGAACUAACGUCAAACAGUACAACCAAUAUAUCUCAAGCUAGGAAAGCUGUGGAGCAAUUAAAAAUGGAAGCAUACAUGGAUAGGAUGAAGGUAUCCAAGGCUGCAGCAGACUUACUGGCAUACUGUGAUGCUCAUAUUGGAGAAGAUCCCCUUAUUAUCCCAGUGCCUGCAUCUGAAAAUCCCUUCAGGGAGAAGAAACUCUUUUGCACAAUCCUUUGAGUCGGUUUUCAAGUAAAAAUAUUGUAUGUUAAAAUUUGGUAUCAGUGAUGCAUGUUUUUGGAUUUAGCAUAUCUUCCUCGGAUAUCAAUAUUUAACCUAGGAUGACAGUGUUUUUAGAAGG